AAAGUCAGGACUGUUGGGGACUUCGCAGGACAACUGGAGCAAGGAAAGGAAGGAGCUGUCCAGCGCUGAGAAACAAGAAGGUGACCAUGGCUAAGGAGUGGGGCUACGCCAGCCACAACGGUCCUGAGCACUGGCAUGAACUUUAUCCAAUUGCCAAAGGGGACAACCAGUCACCCAUUGAGCUGCAUACUAAAGACAUCAAGCAUGACCCCUCUCUGCAGCCCUGGUCAGCAUCUUAUGAUCCUGGCUCUGCUAAGACCAUCCUGAACAAUGGGAAGACCUGCAGAGUUGUGUUUGAUGAUACUUAUGACAGGUCCAUGCUGAGGGGUGGUCCUCUCUCUGGACCCUACCGACUUCGCCAAUUCCAUCUUCACUGGGGCUCCUCGGAUGACCAUGGCUCUGAGCACACAGUGGAUGGAGUGAAGUAUGCUGCUGAGCUUCACCUGGUUCACUGGAAUCCAAAGUACAACACCUUUGGAGAAGCUCUAAAGCAACCCGAUGGAAUUGCUGUUGUUGGCAUUUUUCUGAAGAUAGGACGGGAGAAAGGGGAAUUCCAGAUUCUCCUUGAUGCCCUGGACAAAGUUAAGACCAAGGGCAAGGAGGCUCCGUUCACGCACUUCGACCCGUCGUGCCUGUUCCCUGCUUGCCGGGACUACUGGACCUACCAUGGCUCCUUCACCACGCCACCCUGCGAGGAAUGCAUCGUGUGGCUGCUGUUGAAGGAGCCUAUGACCGUGAGCUCAGACCAGAUGGCCAAGCUGCGCAGCCUCUUCGCCAGCGCGGAGAACGAGCCCCCAGUGCCUCUGGUGGGGAACUGGCGCCCUCCGCAGCCUGUCAAGGGCAGGGUGGUGAGGGCCUCCUUCAAGUGAGGCUCUGGAUUUGCCCUCUUCAGGAAAGAAAACUUGCUCCUGAAGAGUUGCCUGCCUCCUCCUGGUGCUCUGUUUUCUAAGCUGUUCUAAAACACCUAGAGGGAAAAGAAGUAGUCACAUGAAAUAGCAACGCCUUUUGACACUGUCUAUCUAACCCAGAAGCAUGAAUUUCACACCUAACCUUUGUAAUAACCACCUUUUCUAUAAAAUUAGUAUUUCUAGUAUGGGUUCAAUGAGAAGAAAUAGAUAGAAGAAGAGAUAUAGAAGAAGAGAUAUAGACAACAAUGACUUACUGAGCAUAUUGAAUUUCUCACAAUCUCAGGGCUCCUGUUUUCCAGCUGAGUUACUGAUAUUACAGAAGUCAAGCUGUGUGCGUGGGUACGGAGAUGUGUGCCCACCGUUAGGAUCGUUGUGUUUUACCUCUUAAUACCAGCAAAACUCCAUUACUCGCUAAAAUUUUUCCUACUACCAAGUUUGCCUGGUUAAAUUGUCUGUAAAACACACACACACACACACACACACACACACACACACACACACACACACACAUGCACACACAUGAUCAGGUGUUUUAAAAUGUUUGAUCCAGCAUUUGAAUUUCUUCUCCAUGAAGAUGGUUUUCUUUGUCCAAAGCAGGGCCAUUUCUUUUUUAUUUCACUACUUUUAUCUUUGCAUGCUUAAUAAAAUAACAAUAAUAGUAAUAAUAAAAAUAAAAA